UCUUUCCUUCAUCUUUUUGCCUGCGUCCUUCUUAGUGGAAUUUCUCGCCACACCAUUACCAAUUUCAUCAUUUUUAUUUUUCAUUUCAUUUUUUUUGUUUUUUAAUCUCAUCACCCUUUUUAGAGUCCUUGUUGUAUACGCUUUAAUUACCAACUAGUAGGCAAUAGGGUAUUACAUAAAGCUCAUGAAGAAGACAUUACUGUUGAUUUUGUUAAAGGUCACUUCAGUUUUUCAGCCAUCAUGUUCUUUUCUUCUUGCAUUGCCCAUCCUCUAAUCUCACCAAAGAUUAGUCAAUUUGGGCAGCCAGGUAAUCUUCACCGUAAUGUGGAAGUGGACCAAAGAUUCACUUCUGCUCUCAAAAUCAGGACCACAGAUCAUCCCAGCCAGCAAGCAAGAAUUGGAGCUGGCUUACUUGAUGAAUGGAGUUUUGCUAGAGGAACAAGACUUGUUAUUAGACAAAAAGUUUCUACAUUUAUUCCCUUUAGAAAAAGCUUUGAAGUACAAGCUUCAUGGUUGCCAACUUCACAAAUUGCUAGCAGCGUAUUUACCUUGGGAACCGCAGCGGUUCUUCCAUUCUAUACUCUUAUGGUUUUUGCUCCGAAAUCUGAAUUGACUAAAAAGUCUAUGGAAAGUAGCGUCCCUUUUAUUGUGCUCGGGCUUCUGUAUGCAUAUCUGCUGUACCUGUCAUGGACGCCUGAUACAUUAAAGCUGAUGUUUGCUAGUAAAUACUGGCUGCCAGAGCUAUCUGGUAUGGCCAAAAUGUUCUCCAGUGAAAUGACAUUAGCUUCUGCAUGGAUUCAUUUAUUGGCUGUAGAUCUCUUUGCUGCAAGGCAGGUUUUUCAGGAUGGACUGCAAAACCAAAUCGAGACUCGGCAUUCGGUUUCUCUUUGUCUGCUGUUUUGUCCCAUUGGAAUUGUUACUCAUUUUGUUACCAAAGCAGUUGCAAAAACUGCUGCAGAUGACAGGCAUAAAAUGCACUGAUAUUUACUGUGUUUUAGCAAAUUCAACAAUUUGGAACAAUUGUGUUAUCUCUAUGAUUUAACUUGGAACAUCAUUAAAAACAUCAAUUUCUCCUGUUCUUGAUGUUUAACAAAGCAAUUCUUUAAUGGUUACCUUUCCCUUUUUUAACGAA